GGUGAUGAGCAAAAUUGCAGAAGCAAAGAAUACGUAGUGGUGGGAGCAAUUUGCGGUUCAUUUUGCGGUUGCGGUCUAAACCGCACCAAUGCCCACCCGUACUCCUCUCUCCGCGCCUCUCGUUCAGUCUCCGGGUUCGACGGGGUCUUCCACUCAUCAUAGCCCGGUGAGGCCUGCAGAUAGGGCUGCUCCAGCUGAGUUAUUUGUUCCUCCAACUGCUGGGGAACCUUUAUCUGACAAGGCUCGUGGUAAGAGGCCUAUUGAAGUGAUCCCUUUCCCAUAUCCUCCCCGUAAUUCUUGUGUGCUUCGCAUUGGGCUUCGCGAGGAGGAUUUGAUGGUCAAUCGUAAGCGUUUCGGUGAUGAUAGUUCCCUUUCUCCUUCGGAUUUUCCCCAAGAUAAGAUGGCUAAAAGGGUGCUGGAUUUCUCUGAUGCUAUUCAUGAAGCCUGCGACCAUUUGACUGCUGCUUUUGGACCUCUACUGUCGGAUGGGCUGCCUCCAGUUGAGGAGUCUGAUUUGCUGACCGACGAUCUCCUCCGUGUUGACUUAAGCACUGCACUAGUGGGUGAUGCUUCUGCGGUGCCUUCUACUUGGCCCACUGCGCCAUUUCCCCUCAUGGACACCACUGCCCAGCUGCAUGUGCAUGCCACUUCCACUACUCAGUCCACAGCCGUUGUUGUGACUCUCCUUACUGAUGAUCCUACGGAGACUGUUGCGGCCAAGGAGGUGCUUCCGGAGACAAAGGCUGACUCCAAUGGCCACCUAUUUGAUACUGAUCCUUCAGUCUAACUUGCUGUUGCUGUGGUGGUGGUGGUGACCAGCCCCAAUUGGUCACCAAGCCGCCAGUGACGCUUUUGAGUUGGAAUUGCCAAGGUUUGGGAGGUACCUUGAUUUUUCGUGAACUCCAAAGUGUUAUUCGUAGUAAUAUGUCGUCUUUUGUUUUUCUAAGUGAAGUUAAAGUGUGCCGUGCUCGGUGUGAGACUAUUUUAGCUAGAUUGGGUUACUCCGAUCCUUGUAUUGUUCCCCCUUCCGCGACGUCGGGUGGGUGUUUGGCUUUCAUGUGGGACUCUAGUAUUCGUGGGGCUAUUCUGGAUAGCUCUUCUAUGUUUAUUGCUUUCCUUUGGGAUGUGACCAGUAAUAUAAGUGUAGUUCUUAU